AUGACGAUAAAUCCCGAGCCUUCAAACCCGGAUCCGAAUGAGUCUGGUGCUGCCACUAAACAGUCAUCGUCGUCGCAACGAGGAAAACGCAAGCGGGAUGUUGAAGAUGUUUCCCCCAUCGGGAGUCCAACUUCCAGCCAGUCGAGCAAUUCGAAGACCAGAAAAGAUGGAAAGAAAGGCAAAGGGCGGCCGAGUCUCAAGAAAGAAGCUAGCAGCGUCGUGAUACCUUGCGUCGUAGAAUGGCCAGAGGAAUUCAAACAAAUCGAACGAACACAUCGCGCUCUGAACCUGGUUUACACCUUCUGCACGACUCGGAAACAUCUUGCCACAACAUUUGACACGAUAAAAUCUGCCGUUGAAGGCCAUAUCAAGAGGGAGUUACUGAUUGAUGAGAUUGCUUCCAUGGUAGCACUCCGUCCUGAGGGCAUCUAUUUUGCAUAUGUCGACGAGACUAUGCUGCAACUGGACGUCAAGGGCGCUGAAAAAGAUGAGAUAUUUCGGACUGGAAAGUCAUACAGGUCUCAAGCACCAGCACAUGACGCUUCGGUAGGCGGAUAUACUGGCCUGGAGAGCCUUGACAAGAAUCACGAUCGAGAUCUUGAACCUAUGGGGCGGGAGGUGCUUUUUCUAGAGUUCAUUGAUGGAGAUCUUAAGAGACAGGUUCAAGGGAAGGGAGGUGAACCGGUGAAACCGAACCGAAAACUUCGAGAUGAACAGCUGAAGAUGCCUGUUUUUAGUCAAAAACAGAUGACAAACCUGAUUGAGAGACGCAAUCAGAAGUUUACCAACGCUAUUAACACGUUUCUCAACAAAUGCAUAGAAAAUGGGCACAACCCUCUCGAAACCCUCAAAGAGCAGACGAAAUCAUACAUUCCAGUUCCAUCUGUCAAAGAAGAAUUCGCCCCAGAAAAGGCAGCUGAAACUAUUCCGGAAAGUAUCCCAAAGGAACGAAAGACGAUACCAGAGAUUGUACAAGAGCUUAAGGAGAGCCCUUGGUACACUGGCCAAAUUGUCCCAGACGGGCACCGAGUGUUUGAACAACAAGAUCCUGUGUAUGGGGACCUCAAUUUUCUACUGAGCCAGGAUUUGGUCAAUGCUCUGUACAAUGCUAAAGGGAUUACUCGGUUCUUCGCACAUCAGUCAGAAGCCCUCAAUAGUUUACAUGAUGGCAAACAUGUUGUCGUGUCAACAUCGACGAGCUCAGGUAAGAGCUUGAUCUAUCAGCUUCCUGUCAUUCGCGCUCUGGAGGAAGAUUAUAAUUCGAGAGCCAUAUACAUCUUCCCUACAAAAGCGCUGGCGCAGGAUCAGAAAAGGAGUUUGAAAGACAUGAUGAGCUAUAUGCCUGGUCUUGAGGAGACGAUGAUUGAAACUUUUGAUGGCGACACCCCAAUGACUGAGCGUAAUGAUAUUCGCGAGCAAGCAAGGAUCAUCUUUACCAAUCCUGAUAUGCUUCACAUCACUAUAUUACCCCAAGAAGAGCGAUGGAGGUCAUACUUGAAGAACCUGAAAUAUGUCGUUGUUGAUGAAUUACACUACUACAAUGGCCAAAUGGGCUCUCAUAUGUCCUUCAUCAUGCGGAGACUGAGAAGAAUAUGCGCCGCUGUAGGAAAUCGGCGUGUUAAGUUUAUCUCAUGCUCUGCUACAGUUGCAAACCCUGAGCAACAUUUCAGAACCAUAUUUGGCAUCGACAACGUUCAACUAAUAGAUUAUGACGGAUCCCCAUCAGGACGCAAAGAAUUCCUCUGCUGGAAUACUCCGUACAAGGACCCUGGCGACCCUGCAUCUGGCCGAGGCAGUACGAAGUUUGAGCAGGAACUUGAGAACCUCGGACGGCCAGAAUGCACCAACCUUGUGAUGGGAUACCGUGGCGGCUACACAGCACAGGACCGACGAAGAAUCGAGACUGAAAUGUUUCAGGGGCAACUUCUUGGGAUUGUUGCAACGACUGCGCUGGAGCUCGGCAUUGAUAUCGGCUCACUUGAUUGUGUCAUGACCUGGGGGUUCCCUUACACAAUCGCCAACUUGCGCCAACAAAGUGGCCGCGCUGGCCGACGCAACAAGGAUUCUCUUUCAAUACUUGUUGGUGACGGGUUUGCUACAGACCAGUAUUACAUGCAAAACCCGGAUGAGCUAUUCACAAAACCAAAUUGCGAGUUGCAAGUGGAUCUGGAGAACAUGCUGGUGCGUGAAGGGCACAUCCAAUGCGCAGCAUAUGAAAUGCCAAUACGACCAAAGGAGGACGCAAAAUACUUUGGCAGAGACUUGCCGAAAAUCUGCGUGGAGCGUUUAAUAAGGGAUGACAUGGGGUUCUAUCACUGCCACGAUCGAUUCCGGCCUAUCCCUGCAAAGUAUGUUGCUAUCCGAGACACAGAAGAUGACCAUUUUGCCAUUGUUGAUAUCACCAACGGCCGCAACAUCGUAUUGGAGGAACUGGAGGCCUCAAGAGCAACUUUUACUCUUUACGACGGAGCCAUAUUCCUUCACCAGGGUAAUCCAUACCUUGUGCGAGACUUCCAACCUGACAAAGGGAUGGCCAGGGUGGAAAGAGUCAAGGUGGAAUGGACGACUGUUCAGCGUGACUAUACCGAUAUAGACCCUACUGAGACAGAAGCUAUCCGCACGAUUUCAGAUUCUCGGUCGCACGCUUAUUAUGGGACAAUCAAGAUACAACAAAACGUCUUCGGCUUUUGGAAGGUUGACAAGAAGAACAGGGUACUGGAUGCGGUACAAGUGGACAAUCCGCCUGUAAUUCGAUUCAGCAAGGGGAUGUGGCUUGAUGUGCCCAAGAAGGCAAUGUCUAUCCUUCAAGGGCGGCGACUUCACAUUGCGGCCGCGAUACAUGCUGCCGAACAUGCCAUUAUGAGCUUACUGCCAGCAUUUGUUAUUAGCAUGCCUGGCGAUGUGCGGACCGAGUGUAAGACGGCAGUUAAAGAGUUUGCGAAACAGGAGUCACAACGUAAACGUCCAGCGCGGUUAACUUUUUACGAUGCCAAAGGUGGUGCAGGCGGCUCAGGCAUCAGUACCAAAGCGUUCGAUCACGUAGAUCACUUACUGAGGGAUGCUCUGAAACGAGUUGAAAACUGUCGUUGCGAGCGAGGCUGUGUGGAAUGUGUGGCAUCGGAGCAAUGCAAACAGGCCAACGAAGUGAUGAGCAAAGCAGGAAGCCUGGUUAUCCUCAAGACUCUAUUAAAUUUCGAAGUGGACAUAGAUUCACUGCCGAUGGGACCAGAGCUGAAUAUCCCUAUGGGUACUGAAACAGUCGUACUUGCGGAACCAGUCCCGUAUCGGGCCAAAGAGGCAGUUUUCGAAAACGGGAUCAAUACUAGGGCGGCUGUGUUGGAGGAAUCUGGGGACGGCGCCAAGACUGGGGAUUCUGGAACAACAGAUGGUGGCGGAGGUUUUGAGCAGUGGCUUGCAGAUUCGAUAUGA